UGAACAGGACCAAACGUUUAGGUAGGUGGCGCUAAUUAUCUAGUUUAACAAGGUAGCCACCUACAAUACAAGAAGAAGAUGCAGAACGAUGGCUCCUGGCGGCACUGACGGCUUAACUUCCUGUGCUUGUAAAGGCAUUCGGCGGUGUCUCGUAUGUGAGAAGGUUAAAGGAAAAGGACCGCUGGAGGCGAAUGGCCUAAAAAUUGUGCAUCAUUUCCUCUACGAUCCUGAGACAAAGCUUGCUGUUUGUAAAGAUGGCACAGCUGCCUCCUUUCCCUUUCCCGGUAUCUUCCUGUGGGAGAACUUCAUAUCUGAGGAGGAGGAGAAGAACCUGAUAAGCACCAUGGACCAGGAUGUGUGGAAUGAGUCCCAGUCUGGUCGAAGGAAACAGGACUUUGGCCCAAAAGUUAACUUCAAGAAAAGGAAAGUACGUGUCAGUGGCUUCAGUGGACUCCCUUCUUUGAGUCAAAAACUAGUUCUCCGAAUGCAGCAAGAGCCAAGUCUUGCAGGCUUUCAACCAGUGGAGCAGUGCAACCUGGAUUACCAUCCUCAGCGAGGCUCCGCCAUCGAUCCACACCUUGAUGACUCCUGGCUGUGGGGGGAACGGCUGGUCACCAUCAACAUGUUAUCAAGCACCACGCUCACUAUGUCCCUUGAACAGGGCCUGCCAGAGCUGGGACCAGCAGAGGAAGUCCACGUAGCUGUGCAUCUUCCUCACAGAUCUUUAGUCGUGCUGUAUGGUGAGGCACGGCAUAGAUGGAAACACGCCAUUCGCAGGGAGGAUGUUCAGGAGCGCAGAGUUUGCAGCACUUACAGAGAGCUGUCGGCAGAGUUCCUACCCGGAGGGCAGCAGGCACAGCUGGGAGCUCAGCUGUUGGACAUUGCUUUGAGCUUCCAGGGAACUCCAUUAUAAGCUAAUGAGAUGAUGCAGAUGGAGGCUGGACUCUCAGAGGCAGGGAUCCAGACUUCGUGGACUUGGCUUGAGCUUUUAAAAUGUUUAAGGCUGAGAAGAAGUAGUUCAUACUGCUCAACAGAGGGAUGUUGCCUUUUAAAAAUAUCAACCUUGAUACCCUUUUUUGACAUAUUUUAUCUUGAAUUGCACUGAAAAUAAAAUGUAAAAAACACCUGCAAUAUAUUUUAAUAAAAAAGAAAAACAUUUUCUUUGA